CCCGACUAUCAUGUCUGGCAAAGACCUGGGCCCCCCAAAUCUUCGGUUCAUGAAAUGCGAAAAAUGGUGGAGGAAACACCAGCCAUUUCUUGACAAUUCUGGUUACCGACUUCGUCGCAAGUUUGAUCCCAGCUGGAAGCCACCAUGGAAGACCAACUAUGAAAUGUUCCAGAGCGAGGAGAGGGCGCUUCAUUCUUCACCUUAUAUUAUGGACGCAACGCGAAUCCGAGACGGGAGGCAGGUGAUGCUUAAAAGAGUCUCCAAGUCUCGAUUUCCAUUAGAAGUCGAAUUAUCUGUCUUUAUUUCUUCACCUCCGCUUUCAGAGGAUCCGAAUAAUCACUGUGUACCGAUCUAUGAUGUAUUACAGUCCCCAUAUGACCCGGACUUCGAGAUCCUUGUCAUGCCUCGGCUGCGCCAGUUUUAUUCACCCAGUUUCGACAAGUUCUGGAUGUAUGUCACUUCUGCGCUGAGACAAAUUGAUAGGGAUGUGACCAUUUUGAACAUCAUGCUCGAUGCCAGCGAACUCCAUCCGAAGGGGUUUCAUCCCGUCAAGCCUCGAAGGAAUGCAACUUUCACCGGAUCGGCAAAACACAUUACUCGCACAGAGUAUUGGCCACGUUAUUUUAUAAUCGAUUUUGGAAUGUCCCGUCGUUGUGUACCUCCAGAGAUACCCUACGAGCCUGUCUCGAACUGCGGCAACCGUUAUGUUCCGGAAUACAUUGGUUCGAAAGAGGGUGACCGUUGCAAUCCAUUUCCCACCGAUAUAUUUUGCUUAGGAAGCAUGUUGGAGCAAGACUUCCUUCACAAACACCCCCCACUACAAUUCCUUGUCCCUCUUGUCGAUGAUAUGAUUCAAAAAGAACCAUCUUUACGACCGACUAUAAGUGAGGUCGUGCACCGCUUUGCCGUUUUGUGUAACUCGGUGACGGGGUAUCGAUUUCGCAAGCUCGUCAUUCCUGGAAACAAUGCUUUCUUCCAGCGCGGGCGGCAGCUGAGGCAUAUUGUUACCUUGCACCCACCCCUUCCCAUUUCGAAAUUUCCUGUGUCUCCGGCAAUUAAUCACUACCUCCGACCUUUCUAUACCCUCACUCCAAGCGCAGCUCUGCUUGAUACGAUGCAGCGAAGUUCAGAGGGUACGAACUAA